UGUCCCUCGGACACAGCGGAUCACCGAUCAAUGAAAAGAGCCGAAGAUUUCGGCCCAGCCAUGUGAUCAGCUGUGUCCACUCACAGCUGAUCUAAUGGGACAUGUCCACUGAUCAUCAGGACACUGAUGAUCAGUGUGCCCUGAUGAUCAGUGUAGCCCCAGCAGUGCCACCUGUCAGUGUCCAUCAAUGCCAGCUGUCAGUGCUCAUCGGUGCCACCUGCCAGUGCCCAUCAGUGCCACAUCAAUGCUACAUAUCAGUGCCUACCAGUGCACAUCAAUGCUACAUAUCAGUGCUCAUCUGAGCUGCCUUUCAGUCUCACCUAUCAGUGCCAGUCAGUGCCACCUAUCAAUGCCAGUCAGUG